AUGGACAUCCCAUAUUUAUGCGAUGAUAUCGUCUUUGAAGAGAUACUGACUAGAGUUCCAGCAGAUUUUCUUCAUAACAACUUCAGACUUGUCUGUAGGAAGUGGACUGAAUUAAUCUCCAACCCUCGUUUCAUCAAGGCUCAUUACUCCAACGCUGAACAGGGUUUGAUUACUCUAGGGCCAAUAUGUUUCAAGCUCGGUUGGAUUGCAAUGCGUUUUAUGGAGAUUAGAGAAUGCAAGAUGAUAGUCCGACUCAUCAAAUUUAGAUCUUUCAGAUCAUGUGAGAUGCCCAACCUUAAAAGCUACUCUAAUGGUUUGCUUUUGUUACAAGAUGGGUUGAAUCCUCACAACCUUUAUGUAGUUAAUCCUGCUACAAGUAACUGGAUAAGCUUUCCUCCUUUCAGUACUGCACUUACUGGUGGCAGGUUCGACUUGGUGUAUGUUCCUUGUACACAGGAGUAUAAGGUGGUACACCUGAUUCCAGAUUACAAUAGUUUCACUUUCCAGUGUGAGAUAUUCACAUGUGGUGGUAGUGAUUCAUGGCGAUUAGUCGACUCAAUCACAGAUAACCGAAUCAAUAAAUUCUUUAGUGGAGAAAGAGCCAUAGUCAGAGGGAUUAUACACUGGAAUGUUAAUUCAACCCAGUAUAUUAUUUCUAUGGAUCUUAUGGAAGAAAAAUUCCGUGUGGUGAAACUCCCCCAUCGGCAUUUGUACACACAAGUGCAACUAAUAGAGAAAGGAGGGUUUCUAUCAUUUCUUGAUCGAGAUCCUUAUGGACAUAUAAACGUAUGGGUUUUGAAGGAUUUUCAAACAGGAGAUUGGGUUAAAGAAUACAUUAUCAACAUGCCUUGGGAGGUACGACAGCAUUUGUAUCAUGUUAUCACCACCGUGAAGAACGGUGAAGUUAUUGUUUUCCGUAGAAGUGGAAAACACUACUUCUGCGUCUACGAUUUGAAAGUUGGACAAUGGAGGGUGGUUAAGUACAGAAAGAAACGGCAUCGUUUUAAUGCCUUCUACGGUCCCCAUGCCAAUAGCCUCUUCUCUUUAAAUAACUGA